GUGGGGGGUGGGGGGGGGAAGACAGUCGGUCCGGGACCGCGCUCGGUUGCCGCCACCGCUGCCGCCGCUGCCAUCGUGCCAGCCUGUAGGGUGAGGAAACUGAGGCCCAGAGAGGGAGGCUUGACCCAAGGUCACGCAGUUUCUGCUGCUAGGUGAGGAUCCAGAAUGGGAGACAAGCCGAUUUGGGAGCAGAUUGGAUCCAGCUUUGUGCAACAUUACUACCAGUUAUUUGAUAAUGACAGAACCCAAUUAGGAGCAAUAUAUAUUGAUGCCUCUUGCCUUACAUGGGAAGGGCAGCAAUUCCAAGGCAAAGCAGCCAUUGUGGAGAAAUUGUCUAGCCUUCCGUUUCAGAAAAUCCAGCACAGUAUCACAGCUCAGGACCACCAGCCCACCCCUGACAGCUGUAUACUCAGCAUGGUGGUGGGACAGCUAAAGGCUGAUGAAGACCCCAUCAUGGGAUUCCACCAGAUAUUUCUAUUAAAGAACAUCAAUGAUGCUUGGGUGUGCACCAAUGACAUGUUCAGGCUAGCGCUGCACAACUUCGGCUGAACUUCGUCUUCCCAAGGCACCCACGCUGUUUCCUUCUCUCUCCUCUUCCUGAUAUUAUUCACACUUCCUCUCCCCCCAGCCCCUCAGAACACUCCAAAUAUCAUACACAAGCCCACAAGGCCACGGUGGGUGGACACCACCGUGGUGUGGUGGCAGUGGCAUCACUGUUUGAGUGUGUUGUGCAUGAUGUUUGGACGUUAGACUAGCCGCAUCUGACAGGAGAAGUUUGUGUUGUACCAGCGCAUGCCUUAGAAAGACUAAGUAAUGCAAAAGGUUGUCUUUUUUUUUAAUGUACUGACAAGUUGCUCUAGUAACCCAAAGAAACGAAGGAGAAAGCAGCAGCUGCGUGUGCAGCCCAGAUCUUGAUUUGUUCAGAUGUUCCAAUGCCUCAUUAUACAAUAAAACCAUGAAAAUUUUCUUAA